AUGGAGACAUAUAGUAUUGUGAUUAUAUUAUUAUUACUUCUCUCAGAAAUUGCAGCACAAGUAAUCUCCCAUAGCGAUUCCACAAAAGAUAAUGUGUCACAAGCCAUUUCACAGAAAGACAGUACAAUAAGAGUGGAUCCUCUAGAUAAUUUCAAAAAAUACAAAGGAGGGUUUGUCAUCACAAAUAAGCAUUAUUGGAGUUCGGUUAUCUUCACAGGAAUAUAUGGAUAUGCAAUUGGUGUUCUCUUGCUUUUCGGUGGAGUUCUUUUUGUAACAAUCAUUUUUUGUUGCCAAAGAGGUGAAGGAAGAAGGAAUAAGAAAAUAUUUCCUAGUUAUAAUUUCAAGGGUUGUGAUGUUUGGUCAGUUCCUCUAGCUAUAAUGACCACGAUAUUUGCCAUGGUUUUCUGUGGUUUAGUUCUUGCAUGCGGUGCGAAUUUCAAUUAUCAAGCAAGAACUUCGGUUGAUAUUAUAAUCAAAACAACUUAUGGUGCAUCAGAAAUCAUAAACAAUGCAACAGGAGCAUUAAAAGAAAUCCAUGAAAACUUGAUAGAAUCCAAUGUUGGUGUUGAAGCUUUUGAAAAUCUGUAUUCUACCGCUGAUAAAUUUAAUUCUACAGCUGAAAAUAUCAUAGAGAAAGCUACAGAAAGUAAGCUCAUUAUUAACAAGGCUUUAAAAGUAGUGUUGGUAAUAACCAUUGUGAUCGUAAGCUUAUACUUGAUUGUGGUAGUAUCUUUGUCAGUUUUUGGAGUACUAAAGUUAUGGAGGUUACUUUACUUGCUUGUGAUAAUGUGCUGGUUGAUCAUAGUGAUGUGCUGGUUACUUUUUGGAGUGUAUUUAGUUUUGGAAAAUUUUUCCAAUGAUGCUUGUACAUCUCUAUGGAACUUUGAAGAAAAUCCUUACAAUAACAGCAUAAGUUACAUACAUCAUUGUGAUGAAUUGCUCUCAGCAAAACCAGUCCUAUCAGAAAUUGGUGAAGGGAUCUACAAUCUAGUCCAUGAGAUGAAUUCAUACAUGACAAAUCUAAAAGGAAUAUUGCUUCCGGAUUUUGUUUAUAUAUGCAGUCCUUUCACAGCACCACCUGAAUAUUUAUACAAGCCAAAUAAUUGUCCACUUGAUACCAUUCAAAUAGGAGAUAUCCCAAAGGUGUUAAAGCCUUAUACGUGUUUCGAGGACAAUGAUCGAAAAUGUAGCGAUGAAGACUUCCUAUUUCCUGGUGAAUAUGAGAUAAUUGAGUCAUACACAAGCUCAAUUCAGAAUCUAUUAAAUGUGUAUCCUUGUAUGGAAGAGUUAAUUGGAUGUGAGUUGGUGAAAGAUGCAAUAGAUCAAGUUGUUUUCAAACACUGCAAGCUUUUGAAGGGAUUUGCUAAGCUUGUAUGGUUAGGAAUCGCGAUUCUUGCAUUGAGCAUGAUGAUUUUGGUUAUGCUAUGGAUGUUAAUAAAGGCUCAUCAGGAUGAGCAUAGUCAUGAUGUUUAA